GCAUCCAAAGGUCCAAGGGAGCCUCCGCCAGCGCCUGGAACCUUCUCCUCCCCCACGCCCACGUCUCCCUCUCUUCCCUUCCCUCCCUCCCCAACGGCGCGCGCACGCCGCCGCCUCCGCCACCGCCGCCGCGCCCGCCCUCCCGCCGCUUAUUUCAUUCCAGUAUGGCAGCAAAUGUAGGGGAAUCCACAAGUGGCAGCAGCAGCGGUGGUGGUGACGCUGGGGGCAGCUUUGAGUGCAACAUAUGCUUUGAGCUGCCACAGGAGCCUAUCGUUACGCUCUGUGGCCACCUCUUCUGCUGGCCAUGCCUCUACAAGUGGCUUCACAUCCACUCGCACUCACCCGAGUGCCCUGUAUGCAAGGCUGUCGUUGAGGAGGAUAAGCUUGUUCCCCUCUAUGGCCGUGGUAAGGACCGUGUCGACCCAAGGUCAAAGAAUGUUCCCGGGGCUGACAUUCCCAGCCGCCCGGCUGGACAGAGGCCUGCCACGGCUCCACAGGCCGAUCCUAACACCCACUUCCCCAAUGCCAAUCCAAACCCAUGGUUCAUGGGUGGAGGCAUCCCCCUGGCCAAUGCACGGUGGGGGAAUUAUACCUUCUCUGCAGCAUUUGGGGGCCUCUUCCCUUUGCUCAGCUUUCAAGUGCAUGGGUUCCCAGAUGCAACCGCCUAUGGGCAACCUGCUGGGUUCCCCUACGGAUACGGACAUGGGCAUGGACAUGGACACGGACAUGGUCAUGGGCAUGAGCACGCGUUCCACGGUGGGCAUGCCCAUGCUGCUGCUCCCCGCCAUGGACCGCCCGGGCAACAACAGCAGGCGGAUGUCUACCUGAAGGCCCUUCUUAUCCUGGUGGGCUUUCUUGUGAUUGCAAGCCUCAUCACAUUCUAGGAUUGUGCCAUCCAUCAUAUUGCAGUGCUUGUAAUAAGAGGAACAAUUUCCCGAGUUGCUUUCUGAUGUUGUGCAUUACCUUGUCUCCAUACACGACCCAGUCUGAAUCAAGCGGUGCUUUUGCACAAAGUGUUGAUAGAAUUCUUGUAUAUACGAAUUAGAUGUGGUCUUUUGGAGCAUGUGUGUACUGUGGUCCAUGAAUAACAUGGAAGCUCUGUCUGAAUGAACUAGAGCAAGGAUAUUAUCUUGUGUUUUUGAUAUGAUGAUGCUCUGAAUGAGCAGGCUGUGCAAUUGUUUGGAGCAA